AUGGCUCCAGUACCUGGAAACAUAGCACCAUACCGGUCAAAUCAAGACCUAAUAAGGCUACGCCAGUGGUUUUACGGCCAGGAUGAUAUAAGCAAAAAGCAAUUGGGAAUCGAAAAGGUGAAGGUGUACCUGAGUCGAGGUCUAGUGCCUCACGCAGUGAAUGCAACAGCAUCGCUUGUAGCAGUGGAGCUAAUGGAAGGAAACUUGAGUCCUGAAGUGCUACAGCAAGCAUAUUGUUCUGUAUUGACGAGGUUAGUGAAUGGACUUCUAGAUCCGUUCCAACAAGCUUCUGUGGCGAUGCCUCUUCUGAAGCUAGCGAAAGAGAUUGGUCUUCCAUCAUCGUUUGUCGAGAUUCGUCACAUGGCGACCCACGAGGAGGUUCCUUCGCUUGACCAUUUGAAGACUAUAGCUACGGAGGCAAAAAAAUGGCUUUUGCUUAACUACUGGAACCACAUUGUGGAGAAACCAGCUACUGUGACCGAGAGAGAUGAUCUACAUCAUAUUGCCCCUUCCACGGUGACAGCAGACCUAAAGAUAUACAAGCGGUUCAGAAAACUGAAAAUUGAUAAACCACAAGGAGAUCUGGAGGAGUCAAUGGACUACAAGGCAGCACUUGACAGGCUCAAGCAUGGUAUUCACCGCGCUGUCUUCCAGAACAAGCUAAUACAUGAGUUAGUCUUCAAUUGCCUUAUAUACACUGACUCAAAGAAUCGAGAUGUGCUGAAAAGAACAAGUUUCAAGGCAUUAAUAAAGAUUUACGACCCGCUUUUGACAGAACUAGGCAAUGACUUCCAAGCGCAGCUACUCUAUGCGCUCAUCCAGCAUAGCUCAGAGUAUACCAACUACAAGUUCACUAGCCAGGAGCAAGAGCAAGCGUCACUCUGGGCCCAGCAUUUAUUGCAGCAGCUUGUGAAUAACUCCCAGGCGGAAGCUGUAAGAGACGGUAUGAGUACGCAUUUGAGCCUUUUGGGCUCCCUCUCCCCCCUAAGAGGAACCCUCGAGUCAAUUUUAAAUGAAAAAGUACCCCCAUCUGAUAACGAGGCUACCCAGAAGAGAAAAUUCUCGAAGGCGCCAUCUCUAGACGAACUCCUUGGGCCUCUGAAGAGACAAAACAUAAACGUGUACCCACGUCUUUCCGUCAUGUCUCCUCAGUGGAUGCCUCAGAACUUACAAAAGAGGUUACUCCUAUAUAUCCUUCAGCAGCUCCUGUUGUUCUCUGAGAUUGAUCUUCCUAACCUAGAGGAGGUGUCACUCAGCAACAUCCAGCUCAAAGAUGUUUCACUAGACCCUGAGAAGGUCGGCAAGCUCCCUGGAUGUACUUUAAGGUUUGGGGAGCUCAAAACUGUUGAAGUUAAAGGUGGAGUGGUUGGAGGCGUUAAUCUCAAUAUAUCCGGGGUUGAUCUUGUAUUGGCCACCAAAUUGGAUGACCUCGACAAGGAAUUCAAAGAUAUGCUGGCGCUGUUGGCGCAGAGCACGGCUAAUUUAGCUAAUACGGUUAUGUUUGAAAGUGAUUUAAGGGAAAGUUCCAGUACUAUUCCGGAGUCCGAAUCAGACUCAGAUUCAGACUCUUCCAAGCAGAACUCCAGCGGGUCUGGACUGUCGAAUACUUCUCAAACACGCCCAAGUGCCCUCGGAGGGGUCAUGUCAAGGGCUUUAGAAAUUGCAUUGCUGAGGCUUCAGGUGAAUUUAUCAGACGUCUCUAUAAAAGUUAUUUCGGAAUCUGUUGACUUUUUAAUAUCGAUUAAGAAGAUUGCGUUCCUGACCAAUAACAGACAACAUUCUGUUAAAGUUGAUGGGGUGAAAAUAUCUACUCUUCGGCCUAAUUUAGAUCCUGGUCAUGGUGAGGACCGUGCUCCAGCAGAGAGCAGGAGUGAUUCAGAGAGCGAGGAGCAAGAUGAAAGAAGCAGCGAAGAAGACUCGGCCGACGAGUCUCUCAUGAGCAGCACAGUAUUUACGCAUGAAGAGGCAAGUUCUGUCUAUAUGAGUGCAACCGCUCAUUCUUUUGCGCAGCCACAAGGGGCGUAUGAGUCAUCGCAAGCAGUGCACCUUGUCUAUAUUGACUGUAUGGACUUUGAAUUUGAGGGUCUUUCUCCUUUAUCAAACCUACAAAUCAAUGUUGACACAGUUCGUCUGGCUGCUGUCCCAUUGACACCCACAGUCUCGUUGGUGAUCAAUAGUUUGGCUAAACUUUUCAGGCUUAAAGCACAUCAGCUUCGCAAGCACCUUACUUCAGCCAUCUCUGACGAUGGCGAUUUUGCAUCUUCAGAUGACGAAUUAAUGAUUUCUACCGACAACAUCAACAUCAAGCAGAAAGACGAGUCUCUCAUAUUUGGUGGAAUUGAGAGUUUCAAAGUUUUAAAAAUUGUUGAAGGCAAUUCGACUGACAUAAUGAAUUUCUGUGCCGAUAAUUCAAGUUCAAGGUCAUCAUCAAUUUCUGCUGAUGUGGAUUCCACAUCAUCACCUAGUGCUCAACCUAGCCGUGCAGAUAUCAGGUUUGAGUACUUCAAGCCUGAAAGUCGUGACGAGAGUCCCGAAAUAACAAUUUUGCUUUCUAAAUCAGCAAGCAUUAAACUUGAUGACAAUAGUCUUCUGUAUCUUUUGAAUUUCUCGGAUUCGAUCCAGAUGGUAUUGGAAAAUUUGAACUUCUUGCUAACGGGUAUGAAGCAAAUGAAGAGCGCCAAACAGUCAAGUGGGCCCAAGCCUACGCUAGACAACUCUUCUGGAGCUGAUUCGCAAUGUGUUUUACAAACAUCUGCGAUAAAUAUUGAACUUUCCCUCUCCAGUUCGACAGCAUUGUCUUGCAAGAUAUUCCCCAUUACGUUCAACACAAGUGCUAAUAAUUUGAGCAUUCAACGAAUUACUGUGGAGAGCACCAUCAAUGGCCAAGGAAAGCACCUUUUAACCGUUCCUAGUAUCAACUUCAAGACUGUUUCAGAGACCUUGUCGACAUACUUUAGCUCUCAGACCGGCUCAAGUUUGCGAAAGGAAAGGUACUUCUGUAAUAAGAAUCUUCACGUUGCUGGCAUCACAGGUUCUGUUACAGCAGAGGAUCUCAGAUAUAUCAAGAGUGGGUUCAUGCAUCUUGUGUCGCAAUUGAAGGCUCGAACUAACCGUGUGAAUGCCUUGGAUCAUUCCCUCAGAGAAUUUGCAACGUCAAGCAAGGAAAAUAAAGCAUUAAACUCACUUGGCCAGCUGAUGUUCGUUGGCCAAAGAAGGUUUGGUCGCCAUCAGCACAGACCGAUCUCUAGGGAAAGUGAGAGCAAACAUAGUGCAUCUUUUAGCAUUCAAAUUUCUGGUAUAGACUUUACCUUAUUCAACAUUUUCCCACGUUUUGGUGAUAUGAUAUUUCUGGGAAAGGAGUUGAAGUUGUUAAAAGUGGGCUACUUACUCAAUGGGUUUAUCAGAGAGGUUGACGUUUUCCGUCGUCACGAGCAAGCAAAAGUCAAAGAACCUUUCUUUAGUCGACUUCCCGAUUCUGGUCCUGCCAUAAUAUUUAACCACGAUACUUCAGAGAAGGGCACCACUACGGACGUUGCGGUUAGGAAAUUUGCCGUUGAAUACUAUACUCAUUGGAUUCAAUUGUUUGAACGUAAUGCUUCUCAAGGACAUACGACGGAAGAUUUCGUGCAUGCGACGUCGCCAUCGGCAUCUAAUCAGAAAAAGGCUGAUUUACGUUUUUCUUUUCAUGAAUUUGUGUUGGGUCUCCAUCCUGGUCGUCUUUCGAGUCAAAUACAUGUUGCUGUUGAAACAGGGGUUUCUGACUUCACUUUCGCAAAAGAGCAGUUUUACGUCAAAAGUUCUUUCAGAAACCUUUCCUUGUUCCUCAUUGAUGAUUGGAGGAAUCUCAAAGUCGAUGAUCGCUCUGCAAAGCUCGGGCUUGAUAUAACAGCUGCGCAAUAUCUAGGUCACCGAGGUUUCCUACUGAUCGGCUAUAUCAACUCGACGCAUGUGGGUGUCACGGUUAAUACCGAUAUCAUGGCCAUCAAGUCUCGAAAUGACAAGCUCGGUAUACGUGGCGACCUCUCUUUACUUGAUAUCAAACUCAAUUCUGAUGAGCAUACCAUUGAGUUAUGCGCUGAUUCGUUUCAAACUUUAAUUCAGCUGUUAAACGAUUUGAAAGUACCUGUCAGCUUCAAGGAUGAUGAAAAGUACCGAUUUGCUGUUGAUAAAGAUUUCAGGUGGCCAGAAGAAUUGAUGAAAGAGAUCUUCGGGCUCCUGAACCAACAUGGAAGCUCCGGUGAUCUGGAUUCGCCUCCUCCCAUGCCUAAUCGUCCCGAUACUAGCGCCAGAGACGUUCACUCGGGAGAUGAUAUCGAAGCUAGCUUGAGGAAGUCUUUAGGCAGCUUAGAUAUUGGAAAUGAUGAAGAUUCUCAGCGUGGUUUCGACAUUUCAUUCACCAAUGAACACUUCCGCGAUAAUGAUGUGAAGAAUGAUGCCAAAAUCUUACCCAUGAGUCUCGCUGUGAAUGUUUCUAAGGCGAAGCUCUACGUUUUUGAUGGCUAUGACUGGAAAAUGACAAGAAAAUCUCUACGUCAAGCGGUAAAGAACAUAGAGAAGAAAGCGCAGGCGCUAAGAUCAAAAAAGUUAAAGCAUGAAAGCAAAUCUUCUUCUGCUGAAGGUGGACCAUCAAAGGAUAUCUCAGCUUCUGCGAAGAAUCUUGCCAAAAGUGAGCAGGUCUCACUGGAUGAAGAAGACAUUGGAGGCAACGAUGAAAUAAACGAGGUUCUAUUUCAAUCUAUUCAUCUUGGAAUGGCGGGAGAGCUGAGCACCAGCAACUUAGUGGCUAGUAUGAACACCGAGAUGCAAGCAAUCAAUAUGGAAACAGCAAAGGAUGAAGCUUUGUAUCCAAGUCUCAAUGUUGACGUUGAGCAGCAGUAUAAGGAACUCAAACUAAGGAGGUCUCGUGCUCAUAAGGUAUCGAUUGAUGUGAAGAAUGUGGAGGUCUAUGUUCACAAUUACACUAACCGGGAUCCUAGGAUAGACGAAACGCCAAAGGGCAUAGAAUCAGAAAUGGUUAACAAGGUGGAGGUAAGGAUAGAUUCCAUUACUGUCUUCGAUAAUGUUGCAUCUUCCUCGUGGAACAAGCUUCUCACGUACAUGAGCUACUUGGGUGAACGUGAGAUUGGGACAUACAUGCUUCAGUUUACCAUGAUGAAUGUGAGGCCCGAUCCAAAGUUGCCAUAUACGGAGGUCAUUAUGAGCGUCAAGACCUUGCCGGUUCGUCUCUAUAUCGAUCAGGAUACGUUAAUGUUCUUGGGACGUUUCUUCAAGUUCAAAGAUAACAGAUUCAAUUUGCCUGUGGAUGAGCCUAUCUUUGUUCAGAAGCUUGAUAUCAGCCCGAUUCGUUUGAAGUUUGACUACAAGCCUAAAUCUAUGAACUAUUCGGGGUUCAAGGCUGGUCAAAAUGCGGAAUUGGCCAAUAUAUUCAUUCUUGACUCUGCAGAUUUGUCUCUUGCCAAAAGUGUUGUGUAUGGUGUCUUAGGGUUCCCCAAGUUAGGGCAAGCACUCAGGGAUAUCUAUGUGCCAUAUAUUCAGAAGUACCAAUUGGCUGGCCUUCUCUCGGGCCUUACGCCUGUGAAGUCGUUGAUAAAUAUUGGUGAAGGUUUUAAGAAUCUUGUGGCUGUACCUUUUAAGGACUACCAGAAUAACGGUCAGUUUAUGAAAAGUUUCCAAAAGAGCUCCAAAUCUUUUACCAAAACAGCUACUUACGAAUUGUUGAAGCUCGGGGUGAAGCUUGCGUCUGGAACGCAGGCCAUACUUGAAAGUCUGGAGCAGUAUGUGGGUGGUGAAGGAAAUCAAGCUCGGCGUAGCGGUAAAGUGAGUUCAUCUUCAAAGAAAGCAAGAAGAGAUUCUAAUGAGUUCCACACUUACAAGGAGACAGAUGAAAAGCACAAUUUGUUGCAAGCGUCACAGAAGCUUAAAAAGAGUGUGCAUUUGAACGAAGAUCCCCAUUCGGACCGCAAACUUUAUUCAGUUAUGCUGAUGGACGAAGUGCUAGAGGAUGAAGAUCUGGAACUGGAUGGGUUGGAGCCGUCAGUGUUAGUGCUUGAUCCAAACGCAGGGGAUGGUAAUGCAAGUGAAGAUGAUGAGCUGCUAGAUGAGGAAGACAUUGAACUUGCGAACAAGAUAGUCAGUCUCUAUGCUAAUCAGCCAACGACAACGAAAGAAGGCUUAAAGAACGCAUACAAGUCAUUGGGGAGAAACUUUAAAACUACCAAGAAAACGAUUGCUGGCUUAUCAGAAGAACUCAGAAACGCCGAAGGGUUUCAAGAACAGUUAUCUUCAAUAGCACGGACAUCUCCGGUGGUAGUGAUAAGGCCCAUGAUAGGAACCACCGAAGCGAUUAUGAAGACGUUGAUGGGACUAAGUAACGAGAUAGAUCCUUCAUAUGUGGUGGAGAAUCAGGACAAAUACGGAAGUGAGAGCAGCUGA